CAGUGAAAAAUAUUUGUUUUAGUUUUCCUUAAUUUUUUCCCCCUGUUUCCUUUAUUUAUAGAUUAAUCAUAAUCUGCACACACCAAAUGUUGGCUUUGGCAUGUCAACAUGAUCAUCUGGAGGCUCUUUUACUUUCGCUGUCCUUCUGAAAAGAAUUACAAGAGGGGUUCCCUUAUAUCUGACAUAUACGUUGUGUUUAUUGGAUUUUCUCUCCACCCUUCCUGCGCAUGUCGAAAAAUAUCUGUGAACCAUUGCCUUCUGGAUCAUUGUGUGCAUUUUGCACAAAACAUGAGCUCCAUUAAUAAUAUUAGGCUAUUAUAAUAUUUUUGAUCUCCUUGUGGCUUCUUUAGUGAAUCAGAUGGUCUAUUCUCUUUUGCCUCAGAUCAAGCUAUAUGAUAGUUAUCCCCACUUGCACAGAUCUUUUGACUUUUUCCUUUUUUGAAAUGCAAAUUGCAGUUUUGGUUAAUUAUUUUUCCCUUGACUAGUUUAAGGAAAUCGAUGCUGUAUUAAAAUUUUAACGUCCACGAUAAGAUUUCUAUCUUACAGCUGCUAAUAUUCUUUCCUAAUCGAGCCAAUGAUUUUGCCAAAUCCUCCUACUUCUGUUUUUGAGGUAGCUUCUUUUCACUGUCUACCCAGAUAAUUCAUAUUUUAUCAUAAAGAUUGCUUUCAAGCCAUUGAAAACAUGGAUCUUGUAUAGUUCAUAUCUUUUUGUACUUUUAACUUUUAUUCUUUAUAUGUAUGUAAAUAGUCAAAGAUAAAUUCACAUUACUGUAGUUCUUUCUUGGUCCACGUCUUUCACUCUCCUGCGAUGCAUCCUUACCAAGAACUUGACGAAAGUAGCUCCUCUACUGUCAAACUUCCUAUGCUUUGAUGUUCUGUAGAAGUUGAUGGCAUUUUCAAGUAUGGUUAGCACUGGGACAUUUCUGUUGUAGCAUUUUGGGAAAAUUAUCUUCUUUCUAAACACUGUCCUCCCCAAAAAGAUAAAAGAAGAAAAGGUCGUCUCUGAUAAAGUAUCUGCAGCAAGAGGGUGCUUGAAUGGUGUGACUGAAGUUGGCAGCUUAAGUAGUCCGAUUCUUGAACGUGAGCAUAAUGGAAGCGAAUCUCCUUCACACAUCAUGGUAAUUACUGAAGAACAUGCCAAUGAAGCUUGCAGUGAGGAAUACAAUUCAGAAGCUGGAACUGAUGGUGAACAUAAUGUAUGUUCCAUUUGCAUGCUUGGUGGAGAGCUUUGGUGCUGUGAUGGAACUGGGUGUGGAAAGAGAUAUCAUCUGUCUUGUCUUGACCCUCCUUUCACUAGUGCUCUUGGACUUUGGCACUGCUCAUGGUGUGUUACAAAAAAGAUACAGUUCGGCGUGCAUUCUGUAUCUGAAGUAGUAGAGUCCAUUUGGGAUGUCAAAGAGGUGGCAACAGAUAAUGAAGCAGUGGUGAUGGAUAAGCAGUAUUUGGUCAAGUACAGAGGUCUAGCUCAUGUUCACAAUCGCUGGAUUCCAGAGACGCAGCUGCUUUUUGAAGCUCCAAAACUUCUUUCAGAAUUCAAUCCAAAGAACCAGGCUGUUAGGUGGAAAGAGUGGACUGUCCCGCAACGUUUACUACAGAAAAGAAGGAUACUUUCUAAAAAACAAUUUGAUGGAUAUUGUCAUGAAUAUGAUGGUGAUAGAUCAGAUUGUCAUUAUGAAUGGCUUGUGAAAUGGACUGAUCUUGGUUAUGACCUUGCUACUUGGGAAUUAGAGAAUGCCCCAUUUCUGACUUCGCCUGAAGCUGCUAAGCUCAUAAAAGAUUAUGAAAGUCGCCAUGAGAAGCCAGAAAUACCGCCAAAUCUUUUGGAAGUAGAUGAGGAGCGGAAAGGUAACUUUUCUGAAUUUUCAGAAUUGUCAUUUGGUUGUUCACCUGAAAUAUAUAAGCAAUAUCUUAGUUAUGUAAAGAAGCUUUAUGAGCACUGGCACAAAGGUUGCAAUGCCAUCAUUUUUGAUGAUCAAUCAAACAAGGAACGGGCUUUGAAGCUGAUAUUGUUCAUUUCUUCUCUGCAUUUAGUUGUGCAAAAGCCUUUUCUCAUCAUCUCGACUUCCAGUGCUCUUUCUGUGUGGGAAGCUGAAUUCUUACGUGUGGUACCAUCUGCAAACAUUGUAGUUUAUUCGGGAAACAGAGCUGUCAGGAAAAGUAUCAGGCAAUUGGAGUUUCAAAAUGAAGGUGGUCGGAUAAUGUUUCAAGUGCUUUUAUCAUCCUGGGAUGUUGUUGUUGAGGAUUUGGAAGAUUUAGAAUACAUCAGUUGGGAAGCAGUAAUUAUUGAGCAGUGCCAACACUCUAAAAUCUUGAGACAGCUGAACAAAUUUAAGAUGUUGGCUGCUGAUAAGAAAAUUCUUCUUGAUAGUGAUCAAAUAAAGUAUCGCUCUGCUGACUACCUCAAAAUGCUUCUCUUUCUUGAUCAUGAACGUGAGGGGCAAGAUUGCAAUGUUGAAGAGAUUUCAUUGAAUAUUAAGAUUGAUAAAUUGAAGGAACGAUUGGCACCUUAUGUUGCAUAUGAGUGCCAGUCAGGCCACACAAGGUUCGUAGAAUAUUGGGUCCCUGUCCGGCUUUCUAACUUGCAACUCGAGCAGUAUUGUGCUAAGCUUCUUUCAAACUCAAUGUUACUUUCUUCAUGCUUAAAGAAUAAUUCUGCUGAUGCUCUUCGGGAACUUGUUACUUCUUCCAGGAAGUGCUGUGACCACCCUAAUCUUCUGGAUCAGUCUUUGCCAAGCAAAAGAAACUUGGAAACGGACAUACAGGCAAGUGGAAAAUUGCAGCUUCUUGAUAAAAUCCUUUUGGAGAUCAAAAGUCGGGGUCUUAGAGUUGUAAUCCUUUUUCAGUUAAUUGAAGACUCGAGACCAUUUUCUGUUGGAGAUAUUUUGGAAGACUUUGUUCACCAAAGAUUUGGCGAUUGUUGUGUUCGAAUUGAGCAUGCAGUACAUUCAAAGAAAUGUAUAAAGAAGAAAGAGGCCGUAGACACAUUUAAUGAUAAGGAGAGUGGAAAAUUCAUCUUAUUGAUAGAAAGUCGAGCUUGUCGUCCUAACAUUGAACUUUCUUCAGUGGACACUAUUAUUCUAUUCUGCAGUGACUGGGAUCCACUGAAUGAUCUAAGAGCCCUGAAUAAGAUUACCAUUGGUUCGCAGUUUAAGCAGUUAAACGUAUUCCGUUUGUAUUCCUGCUGUACUAUUGAAGAAAAAGUUCUGAUUCUUGCAAAGCAAGGUUUGAUGCUUGAUAGUGGUUUGAAGGCUAUGAAUCGAAAUACUUGUCAUACGUUGCUACGUUGGGGUGCUUCUUAUUUAUUCAGUAAGCUUGAUGACUUUCAUCGCUGCCAUACAUCAUCAUCAAGUUCAAACAUAUUUUCUGACCAGUUGUUUUUGGAUGAUGUAAUGCAAGAGUUGUCAGUGCAUUUGUCGUGCAGUAGUGAGAACAGUGAUGCUAGUAACAAUUCAAUCAUUACGAAAGUACAGCAAAGUGGAGGAGUUUAUGGGGGGAAUAUGACAUUACUUGGUGAAAAGGAAGCGCAGGGAGAUGGACCACCCACUUCUUUUUGGACAAAUCUUCUAUUAGGACGGUGUCCGCAUUGGAUAUUUCUGUCAGAGUCAAGUCCAAGAAUCCGAAAAAAUGUGAAUGAAUCUACACCGGAAUAUGAUUAUUCGACAGAAAAAAGCAGGAAGGUUGUGAGCAACACAGUUUAUCCCAUACAUCUUAUCUCAGGGUUGUAUAAAAGAAAGAAACGGACUGCCGCAAACAAGGACGGCAAAUUGAAAAAUAUGAACCAAGUUUCUGUCUGUAAAAGGAGGGUCAUCAACAAAGCAUUUUAUCCUAGACAUUUAAAACCAGGGUGGUAUAGUAGCAAGAAACAGGAAGUCGUAAACAAGAGAGAAAAUGAUUCUUUACCCAUACCUCAUGUGGUUCAUUGUGCAAGAGUACCCGAAGUUAACAUGGUUGAAUCUGAGACUAUAACUAUUCAAAUAGUGUUUGAUGAAGAGAUUGGUGGAAAGGAAGGAAGUACUGCCAAAGAUGCCAGAGCUGCUUCAAGUGAGCAGCACCUUGAAGGUCCUCUAGAUCAAAGUGCUGUCAAAAAUAUCCAGAUCAACCAGUCUGUACCUUCUGAAGGCCAUCUAAACCCUUUGGAUGAAGUAGUCAUAAUUGAUGACCCUGUGGAGGCUUCAGCUCAUGAUCGGCUAUCCCAUGAAGAAAGUAAAAACGACCCUGUGGAGAAUUCCCCUAUUUGUGAGUCAACAGGGACUAGUUUACUUUUGUUACAGCCAAACACCAGCACUAGCCUGGGACAUUCGCUCUCAGUAAAUCAGCUGGGGAGUCAAAAUGAGCAGAACGGUGGGAGGCAUGGGUCCAGUUCAGAAGCUCAAAGUCCAAGAGAACCAUCCUUGGAGAAUCAUCUGCAUCAUUUUAGCCCUUUGAUGAUACAUUCACAACAGCCAUCUGCAGAUCCACUUCUAAUGGAAAUGGAAAGAAUACGAAAGGAUCAAGUGCAAGCUCUAAAGAUACACGAAGAUAGGAUUUUGCAGCUCAAGUUGGAGCGUGAUAAAGAGAGAAAAGAGGUAGAAAAGAAGUACAAUUUGCUCUUUCGGGAUGCUGAAGAAGAAGUAACGCGCAACAAAAAAUAUCUAGAGAUGAAUCAUCACAAAGUGUAUCUACAAAAGUUGCUGGCUGAAGCUCUCAAAAAAAAGCACGAUGAUAACGAUACAGGUGGUUCACCAGAAUCACUGAUUGAACUUCAUGCUCAGAGUGGGCUUCAACAUCGUCCAGCAAGUUCAUCAACGGCUCCACCCGUGCAAAGGGUCAACCAUGCAUCGGAACUAUUCUCAACUUCUGGCAGACCAAAUUUUAGUCCCGUGAACUUCCAGGGAACUUUUCAAAAUCGUGUGCGACAUGUAGCAUUACGAGCCCCUGCCCCGCAUCUCCAAUCAUACAGCAGACCACCUUCAUUCGUGGCAAUGAACCAUCUGCCGGUUCUUGGCAAUGGGGAGCGAAACCUGCAAUCACCACAGAACUUCCCAAAACAUCAGUAAUGCUGACACAGCGGAGGCCACCAGGAGAAGCCUUGGUACCACAUAAUAUCCAGCAGCCAGAAAGUGUUGCCAGUUGCCACCAUACCAGUCACCCAUAUCCUUCAGCUUUUGGAUUACAAAAUGGCAUGAACAAUGUUCCUGACGAAAAUAUGGCGAGCCACCUUCUACCACAGCAAGAUUUGGUCAAUUUUUCGGCUGGGCAUCUCAGCUAAUCAAGUUUACAGGCACCCUGCAGGGUGUUUUUUUUUCCCCUCGUUUCGUUUCUCUGAUGUUGGGGUUGUUUGCUUUGAUGAUAGUGGACAGUAGGAUAAGUAGGUUUUGAGAUGCAAUACUCCAGCAAGCGACGUCGGUGGCAUUUUGAAGGGCGGCACUGCAGUGAAGUAGGAAUGCCUUCUAACUUCCCAAUUUUGUCCAAGAUUAAUCAUACUGUAGGCGUAGUAUAGGGAACCUCAAACCUCAACACUCAACAGAUAUAUAUAUAUACACAAAGCAUGGUUUUAUGAACUACAGGUGUUUGUCCCAUCGGAUUCUGAGAUGUUGCAUGGCCAGCCAUUCACCUCAACCAUACACAUGCUGGAGAAUAGCUUUACUUUAAUAAAUUGGAUAAGGCCAAUUGGCUUUGGAUCACUAUUGGCCUUUGCUCUAAUCCAUCAAGUUUUUUAUCCAAGAGAGGUAAUUUGUUUCAAAAGGCAUUGUUUUAAGGCUUACCAUAUUUUCACC